UUUUGGAGGUUGGCUUGGGUGUGGGAGCGCUACUACGGUCUUCACUCACAGAUUUAACAUGUAGGUCCACUUCUCUGGUGGGUAGAAGGAAGCCGUGCUCAUUGCAGGGAGAUCUGCGGAAAGACCCACGUGGCCAGUAAACAAAGGUUUCAUAGUCUCAGUAUUUCCUUCUCACUUGUUACAUUUCUAAUCCUUUGGAGAACAGAGAAGUAAAAUUCAAAGGCAGUUAAAUCAGAAGUGUUUGAAAUCUGACAUCUACUCCCAAACAAGCAUUUCUCAGGAGGCCCCCAUACCAUGUGGCUGUACCUGGCUGUCCUCGUGGGCCUGUACUACCUCCUUCGCUGGUACCGGGAAAGGCAGAUGGUUAGCCACCUUGGGGAUAAGUAUGUCUUCAUCACGGGCUGUGACUCGGGCUUUGGGAACCUGCUGGCGAGGCAGCUGGAUGUGAGGGGCUUGAGGGUCCUGGCUGCAUGUCUGACGGAGCAGGGGGCCCAGCAGCUGAGGAAGCAGACGUCAGACAGGCUGGAGACGGUGCUCUUGGACGUGACCAAGACAGAGAGCAUUGCUGCGGCCACCCAGUGGGUGAAGGAGCGUGUCGGGGACAGAGGACUCUGGGGUCUGGUCAACAAUGCAGGCACUUUUCACCCACUGUGCAUCACUGAGUGGCUGAAGACUGAGACCUGGAUACAUACCCUCAAAGUGAACCUCAUUGGUGUGACAGAGGUGACCUUGAGCAUGCUUCCCUUGGUGAAGAAAGCACAGGGGAGAAUUGUCAAUGUCUCCAGCAUUCUGGGAAGAGUUGCUUUCUUUGGAGCAGUCUACUCUAGCUCCAAGCAUGGAGUGGAAGCCUUUUCAGAUGUCCUGAGAUGUGAGCUUCAGCAUUUUGGGGUGAAAGUCAGCAUAGUUGAACCUGGUUACUUCAGAACAGGAAUGACAGAUGUGCAGAAGUCCUCAGAGGCAAUGAAGCAAGUCUGGAAAGAAGUCCCUGCUCAUAUUAAGGACACCUAUGGACAGAAGUUUUUUGAUGCCUAUCACGAUGUUAUGAAACAAGGGCUGUCUAGUUGUAGCACAAACCUGAACCUGGUCACGGACUGCAUGGAACACGCUCUGACAUCUGUGCAUCCCCGCACUCGGUACUCAGCUGGCUGGGAUGCUCAAUUUUUCUUCAUCCCUCUGUCUUAUUUACCUACAUCACUGGCAGACUACAUACUGACUAGAUCUUGGCCCAAACCAGUGCAGGCAGUCUAAAGAAAAUUAUUUUGGUGGCUCUUCAAACGAAGAAGACAAAAAUCUGAAAUUGUUAGUGUCUCAGUAAUCUUUAUGUCUAAUCCAUACUUUUUAUAACAACAAGCUUUCUUGCCUAAACUCACUUAUCUGGCACUAUCUGAGAACCAAUAUCUUUAUAUUCCGUAUAUUAUCCAAAGCUUACUCCUUUAGGUGAUGAAAGGUUACUAUUUUAAACCAUUUUUUGAUGACAGUUUAUUUCCAAAAUUCAUCAGUCUUUCUUGCUUGCCCUAUUAAACAGAGUAGACAGAAAACAACUGAACUUUUUUGGAUGCUCUUUCUUUAUGUAAAUAAAUAGCUGUUCUGUGCUGUGAUAAACUACUGCUCAAGGAAAUAUGUGGGUCUGUUUAUCCUUAUUUGAAAUGGGUCUGUACUUUGGUACUUCUUUAUUUUUAUUUUUUCUGUUUUCAGCUGCACCCAUUGAAUAUGGAAGUUAGGCCAGGGACUGAAUCUAAGCUGCAUCUGCCACCUAUGCCACUGAGCUGUGGCAAGGCCAGAUCAUUAACCCAUUGUGCCUGUACUCUGGUACUUUUAGUGCAAAUGUUUGAUUUUGUUUUCUCCUGCCUAUCUGCUAGUUCUUUCUGAAUAUGGUUCUUCCUUAUUUAAAAAGAAAUGAUUUUAAAAAAAAUCUUUUUAGGGCUGCACCCAUAGCACAUGUGGUUCUUACCACUGUAUUUCUGAAUAAUACAUUGUUAUUUCUUGAUUUAUUAAUUUUAGACAUUCUUUAUUAGUUUCCUCUUAGAAUAAAUGAGAAUUUAGCCUUUU